GCAUCAAACUUCCCUGCGAAAGCCCGGGCGAGGCGGAGGGGAGGGGGACAGGCAGAGACAGAGCCAGGGCUCCGGCCAUGCCCCAGCCCCGCUGCCCGCCCGCUGUCCGCCCCGGGCAGGUGCCCCCGGGCAGGUAGAGCCAGGUGGGCUCCGGGCAGCUCCCCCUGCUCCUGUCCUGCUGGGAGAUCUGUCCUUCCCGCCGGCACCUGCACCUCCCUGGAGGAGCCCAUCUCAGAGGAGGCUCUGCCACCUUAUCCGAGCUCCGCGCUGUGCGAGCAGCCGCGAGCAGCGAGUGCAGGAAAGUUUUUGCCAAACUUUUUCUGGUGUUUUUGCUUUGCUUUUUCACCCCUCGAGGGACUCUGCGCCAGCCAGGAGGGCUGGGGAGGCUUCUGAGCCAGAGCAAGGUUCCCCCCGGACGCCGCAGGGAUUGGAGAAACGGGGGAAAGAAGGAAUAAGGUGAUUGCGGAAAGGGGGUGAAGGAAAAAACCGAGAACUUCGGGAAGAAGGGAAGGCAAACCCAACCCGCAGCCCCAGGAUGAAGCGGUGAAUGGCAAGAACAAUUUAACUUGUUCAACAAGUGGGAUCAACAAGUGGGAAACCCUGCGCGCCUCGUCCUUCCCGUCCCUCCCCGCUCCGGCUUCCCCAAACUCCUCGCCGCGGAGGAAAACUUCUCCAGCGGGCUCGGGACACGCAGCGGGACCGGCCCCGGGAUGCUGCCCCGGGCCAGCGCCCUCCUGGCCGUCUGUGCCCUCCAGGGGCUGCUGCUGCUGCACGGUCUUGCUGAGGAAGAGCUUCUUCAAAAACCAAGGCUGAGCAUUUCCAAGGACCAAAUUGUCAUCUCACCAGGAGACACUCUAAAAAUAAAAUGCUGGGGACCCCCAUCCGUGAGCUGGCAGCUCAGGGAGGACAACCCGCGGGUGCACGUGAGCAGCUGCCGCGAGAUGCCCGGGCUGAGCUGCAGCCAGCUCGUCCUCAGGAGAGCCAUGGUCAACGACACCGGCUACCUCAGCUGUGCCCUCAACAGCACCCCCGAGCACCAGGGGCUUGUGGCCAGGAUCUAUGUCUUUGUCGAAGACUACAGGAAUCCAUUUGUGGAGAUGCACCCGGAACACCCCGACAUCAUCUACAUCACGGAUGAUAAGAAAACAGUGGUGAUCCCCUGCCGGGUCACCUCACCAGACAUCAGACCCAAGCUCAUCCAGUACCCUUCUUCGGCAGAGAUCAACUUCAAGAAGAUGGUGUGGGACCCCAAGAGAGGCUUUGUCAUCCCCUCCCACUCCUUCGUGCCCUCUGGGAUCCUCACGUGCUCGGCCCACGUCAACGGCAGCGUCUUCAACUCCUACUACAUGGCCCAGAGACUGGAGGGCAGAAUACAGAACCUGGCUCUGAAGGCAAGUGCCAAAAAGCUGCUGGUUGGAGAAACUCUCAAGCUGGAGUGCAAAGCAGAGACCUUCAUCAACGGGCGCAUCGAGUUCAUCUGGACAUGUCCCCGUGGCACACACCCCCACCCCAGGAGAACAAUGGACCAGAGUGAUGUCGUGUACAAAGCUGGCAGCAGCCUGAUAAUUGAAAAUGUCACCAUGGAAGAUGGGGGCCUGUACACCUGCAGGACAUUCAAUGCCACCAGGCUGGAGGCCAAUGUCACUGUCACCGUGUAUGAAAAACCCUACAUCACGGUCUCACACAAGAAAGGGCCUUACUACGAGAUUACCUCAGGACACAAGUCCCUGAAACUGGCUGCCAAGGUGGACGCCUUUCCUCGACCCACUGUCACCUGGUACAAGGAUGGCAAACUGAUCAAGGACAACCACACCUGCUAUGAGCCAGAUCCACUGAAAUACAGACUGGGAAUACGAGAUGUGAGACCAAAACAUGCUGGGAACUACACCAUGGUCCUGAGCAACCCCAAAUACGGCCUCUACAAGAACCUCACCAUGCAGCUGGUGGUGACAGAGAGACCCAAGAUCUAUGAAAAGGAAACAGAUUUUGAUAAGGUUGUGAAGGUGGAAUUGAGAAGCAAACACAAAAUCCAGUGCACAGCAAGUGGGAAUCCUGAGCCAAAGAUGGAGUGGAAGUGGCAGCCCUGCAGCCUCACAGACACCCUGUGCAAUCCUGAGGGGCCAAAAGUUGUGGUUUCAGAGAACACAGUCAUAGGAAACAAGAUCAGGAGCAUUGAGAACACCCCCAUGAGGCAGGGGGAUAAACCAAAGAUUGUGAGCACCCUCACCAUGGAGGACAGCAGUGCCUCAGGAAUCUAUUACUGCGUGGCUGCCAACAAGGUGGGCGAGGAGGAGCGGAGCAUCGCCUUCUACGUGUCAGAUGUGCCCUCUGGGUUGCAGACAUCCUCCCAAGUCACAGCCAUCGUGGGGAAUGAUGUCCAGCUGACCUGCCGGGCCUCCAAGUACAUCUACACCCACCUGGCCUGGUACUACCCCUCCUCAGAGCCAGCUCCCAGCCACUCUGUGGUCAGGAAAAUGGGCAAAUAUUCCAUCUCUUUGACCCUGCUCAUUCCCAACGUCACGAGGGAGCAGAGUGGCCUCUACAAGUGCCGAGCCCAGAACCAGCAGAACAGCACGGACACGCUGGAGCAGCACAGCCAGCUCCUGGUCAGAGCGAAGGCGGCGCCGGUCGUGAUCCAGAACCUCACAGACCUGGAGGUCAACAUCAGCGGCAAGAUCCUGCUGGAGUGCAAGGUCAGUGGGACUCCAGAGCCACAGGUCACCUGGAGGAAGAAUGGCUACCCCAUCUCAGCAGCAUCAGGAAUUUCCAUGGAAAACAACACCCUGGUGAUUGAGAGAGUGAAGAAGGACGACGAGGGGCUCUACGAGUGCCGGGCCUCCAACGACCUGGGCCAGGACAGCACAUCAGCCUUCAUCAAAAUCCAGGGUUCUGAGGAGAAAUCCAACAUUGAGGUGAUCAUUCUGGUGUGCACAGGGCUGGCUGCCACGCUCUUCUGGCUCCUCCUGACCCUCUUCAUCCGCAAACUGAGAAAGCCCGACGCCACAGAUAUUAAAACAGGAUACCUGUCAAUUAUCAUGGACCCAGAGGAGAUGCCCCUUGACGAGCAGUGUGACCGCCUGCCCUACGACAGCAGUAAAUGGGAGUUCCCCAGGGACAGGCUGCGCCUGGGUAAAACUCUGGGUCAUGGUGCUUUUGGGAAGGUGGUGGAGGCGUCUGCUUUUGGCAUUGAUAAAUCUUCAACCUGCAAAACAGUUGCCGUAAAAAUGCUGAAAGCAGAAUGUGCAACUACUAAUGAAUGCAAGGCUCUAAUGUCUGAGCUGAAGAUCCUCAUCCAUAUAGGACAUCACCUGAAUGUGGUCAACCUGCUGGGAGCCUGCACCAAAGCUGGAGGUCCUUUAAUGGUCAUAGUGGAAUAUUGCAAAUAUGGAAAUCUGUCCAACUAUCUCAGAGGGAAACGAGGAGAUUUCAUUGCAUACAAGUCCCAGGAAAACUCUGACCAAGCAGAGAAGAGUCUGGAUGAGUCCAACAGUGAUUUGACUGAACUGAUCAAGAGGCGCCUUGAGAGUGUGGCCAGCACAGGCAGCUCUGCCAGCUCAGGAUUCAUUGAAGAUAAGAGUUACAGUGACUCAGAAGAUGAUGAAGAAGAUGCUGAGGAUCUGUACAAGAGGCCCUUGACUCUGGAGGACCUGAUUUGCUACAGCUUCCAGGUGGCAAAAGGCAUGGAGUUCCUCGCCUCCCGAAAAUGCAUCCAUCGGGAUUUGGCAGCCAGGAACAUCCUCCUGUCCGAGAACAACGUGGUCAAGAUCUGUGACUUCGGCCUCGCCAGGGAUAUUUACAAAGACCCCGACUACGUCCGGAAGGGAGAUGCACGGCUUCCACUCAAGUGGAUGGCUCCAGAAGCUAUUUUUGACAAAAUUUACACCACACAGAGUGACGUGUGGUCUUUCGGAGUGCUGCUGUGGGAAAUAUUUUCUCUAGGUGCCUCUCCAUACCCUGGGGUGCAGAUAGAUGAGGAUUUCUGCCGGCGGCUCAAGGAGGGGACCCGGAUGAGAUCUCCAGAGUAUUCCACUCCUGAAGUGUACCAGACAAUGCUGGACUGCUGGCACGGGGUCCCCACGGAGAGGCCGACGUUCACCGAGCUGGUGGAGCGCCUGGGGGAUCUCCUUCAGGCCAACGUGCAGCAGGAUGGCAAAGACUACAUUCCACUGAACAUCACCUUGUGUCCAGAUGGAGAAUCCAACUCCAAAACCUGCCCUGUGGAAGAAAACUUGAGCAAUGGAGUGAAUCGCUGGAGUGCAGUAGAAACCGGCAACAACAGCAAGAAGAGACCCCUGAGUGUGAAGACAUUUGAUGAGGUGCCAGUGGAAAAGGAGAAAGUGAUGCAUGAGGAGUCUGACAGUGGGAUGGUGCUGACCUCAGAUGAGAUAAAAAGCCCCAAGAGGUUGGAAAUCCGUUCCUGGCCCUACGGGAUCAUGGCUCUGGCGAGGAGAGCUGUCAGCAGGAGCAAGGAAUCCAUCCUGGCUGACCACGAGACUGUCAAGUACCAGCCAGCAGUGCAGGUGGAAGAGGACACCAUGGACUUCCCCCUGGAAGACUCUGUCCUGCUCCCUAUGGAUCCCAACCUGGAGUGCCACAGCCCUCCUCCAGAUUACAACUCUGUCAUCCACUACUCAGCCCCCCCAGUGUAAGCAGUGCCCCUCAGGGGCUGCAGCUCAGCCUUGCUAGGCUCUGCUGUGCCCCCGGGGAGCCUGGGUGAAGCAGGAGCGAAUUCUGCUGGGAUAAUGCUUCACAUGUUUCUUCUGGCACAUCUCAGAUGGGAUUAGAAACAACUUAAGAGCAUCUUCUCUCUUCUCUUUAAGGCCUAUUGCAAUAUCUGCAGUGAAUUAAUGACAUUGUCUGUCAGUCAUAGUAGGAGCUGUAACCCUGAACUGCUGCCACUCCUCCCCCUGGGUUGGGCUGUUCAUUUGCACUGCCAGAUCCACAGGUUCCUGCGUCCCCAUUUCACUCCAUGAGGGUCAUGCCAAGCUGGUUGGGAACACAAGAUUCAAGCUGCUGGCCCUGACACAUCCUGCAGGGAUUGGUUAGGCCAGUGCUGGAAGGCAUCUGUUAAAAACAGCAGCCACACAUGAAUGUUUUGGGCUUGGAGAAAAGCUGAAACACCCUUCCUAACUUGGGAUUUCACCUCCUGUAAAUAUUGCUGAAACAUUCUGAAAUCCAAGAUAUUUUGGUUGUAAUUUGGACUUAAUAAUUUCCACUGCCCAGAGGAUACUCUCCUAAAGAUGGCACGUGCUCAUGUGCCUGCUCUUUGGGCCAGCAAGGCACACAGUGUGGUUAAGACUGAUGCCCUGGGCUUUCCCCUUGUUCAAACAGCAGUUUAUUCUGCAGACAUGCAAUAGGGAACCUUGCUGGAGAUGCUCUGUAAUGGUUGCAAGGCAAAAUCACUGCCUUAAGUAAGAACCUUCUCAACUCGAACAGAAGCUCUCGGCUCACACACACCUUUGUGUGAAUAUGCAGAAAACUCUCAUUACCAGCACGAGAGUUACACAAAAACUCACACACACCCUUGAGGCACCAGCAGGGCAGCAGCAUUUUUGUUUCCUUUCUGCACACAGACUAUUUACUAAAACAACACACAAAACAAAAACAAAAAAACAAACAAAAAAAGCAUUUCCUCUGGAUUCUGUGGGGAUGCCCAAGGUUUGACCCUGGGGAUACUCUCCCUGUUAAGCUGCAAGCCCAUGUGACACACAGUUCUCUCUGUCUUGCCAAGGUAAAUACUGCUAUCAAAUGCAAAGCCCUUCCUGGGUUUAGGGUAAUUCAAAGCUGUUGUUGCAGCAGGACUGAAAGGAUCACAAAUUCUCCCAUGUGAGACAUUGACAGUGGGUUUGCCCCUGCCCCAGAGCUGUGGGCGGCAGGGACUGUUACAAGUGUGCCCCGGUGCCCUGUGUGCCCCGGGCAUCAUCACAGCAGCCUCCCAAAUCAGCAAAUAAUCCCUAGCCUUUCAUGUGCUCUGUAACAAUCAGAGUUGGCUUUAAAAUUUAGGAAGGGAAAGGUCACCAGGUUGCAAGGAGAAAAAACCAGGAUGAGUAAGAUGUUCACUGACAGUGAGGGCUGUAACCUCCUGAGUUAUAAACUGAUCUGUAAAUGGCUCCCUGUGCAGUUUCCUCCAAGCUCUGCACAACCCUUUCCUUUUCUCCCUUGAUUUGACUUCUUCAGUGGAAAAAGAAUUUUUUUUCAUGAUUCAGACUAGAGGGCGAUGAAAUCCAAGCCUUGCAAAAUGAUGCUGUUACCUUGGCAAAGACAGCUGCACGCCCUCGCAGCAGCGAAGGAAGUUUUCUGGAUGAGUGCUUGCAGUGGGCUACGCUGAAGGAAUCACAAACAAGCCUCAGGUAUUAUCAAAGGGGAAAACAAAUCUCCAAACCCACCCCACGUUAACUGUGAACUCUCAAGCAUCUGAAGGAUGGACUCUGGGGAACUGCACUGCUUCUCCCCCUUGACUUCAGAGUCCCUUAUGAAUCACCUGCAGUCCCUGCAGAGCCCCCUGCUCAUAGUGCACCUGCUAGAUAGGUGUGGGCUGUAGUUGCUUUAUGGUCAUUUUGCACUGCUUUGUAUUUUAGUACCAAUGUAUUAAGUAGAGCUGGUCACAGAAGAGAAGAAACUACUGAUGAGCCCCAGGAAGCUCAUUGGGUUGGUUUUUCGUCAAACACUAUUAGCUAUCUAUAGCUCUGAUCAAUCAACUGAUGGAUCUAUCAAUCAGUUCUUGUGGAAAUAAAUGACUGAUGAGGCAAAGGAAGAGAAGGUGCAGCCUGUGUGUGGCUCUGCUGUUGAUGGCCUCAGCUGGAGAUGUUUGUUACUGCACCUUGAGCUGGAGGGUGAGAAAAUGGCGUUGAAAAACCUUCACUGAGGAACUCUGAAAUGUAGGAACGAAACCUGCACGUGUGUUUUGAGGAACACGGGAAGCUCUGCUGGGGGAGCUGAGCACGUGGCCUCCCCUCUCCCCUUCUCUGAAGGAUGAGCUGCAGGGUUUCUCCAAGGGCAGAGGCACAGGAGCGCAUCUGGGGAGCGGGGCCCAGCGGAUGUGGGGAGCCAGGGUCCUUCUGGCUCUCAGUGACAACCAUCAGCCUUUCUGUGCCACCUGAGACGGUGGAGCAGGGCCCAGGCUCCAGUGCUGCAGAUGGUUAAAGCCCUGGUUGCACUGACAGCCCCAGGACUGAGGGCUCCUCUGCAGUGGCAGAAUCGAGAGCGUCCUGAGCACAUCCAGCGAUGGAAGGGACUGACUGAUGUUUGGGCAGCUGAUUCCAAUGUUAUUUCAUGGAAGAUUUUUUUUCCUCCUUAUAGUAAAUGUAACAAGCAAAAGUAUUGCCUGAAAAGUAUUAUUGAACAUAUUCUAUUUUAUUUACUAAUAUUUUGUUUGUCCUUCUCUCGCCUCCCUUAAUUUAAUUAUUGUUCUCUUCUUCCAAUGAUGUAUAUAAUGUACCCUGUAGCAACAAAUAUAGUAUUUCAUUUAUAUGGUAAAAUUGGUAACAUUUUAGUCCAAAGAGAAAGAAAUACCCAGAUGUAACAGAGUUAAGUAUCAUACUAAACAUUUCACUAAUGCUUGCAGGCCAGGCUCCAGUUUACAGUGCCCCACUAGUGCCAUGGCACAGCAGCUCUCUUGGCUGGGAGUGCCUCUGCCUCUCAAUUCUUCUCCUUGUUAUUUAGUUUCAGUUAGGAAACGGGAAUCUGGAGGAAUUUGGCAGGUUUAUCUCAUUCCUGGAAGUGUCACCAUGUGCAGCUUGGGUUAAAGGUGAUGGAUUUCCACUGCCUGGGUUUUCAUUGAAGGCUGGUGGAUUGGCUAGAGGAUCAGAAGGGGUAAAUUGUUAAAAAGAUGUGAUUUUUAUUAUUUUUUUCAGACUUCUCAGGGAUUCUUACUCGACUCCUGUCUGCCAGCUGCUUUCUCUAACCUGAGCUCAGUGGGAUCUGCAUUAACAUGUACCUUUGUUUCCUCUGAUGGUGCUCACUCCUCCUGGUUUUGUGCUCCUGGAGGCCCAGAGAAUCAGGGCAAAGGAGCUCGGAGCUCUCCAUGGAAUUGUCUUGUCUCUUCUCCAAUAAUCACCUCCCACUUAGGUGUCCAAGUGCCUUCCCCUGCAUGUUCUUGUUCAGGCUGGUGUUGUAACCAUCUCCUGUCUCCUCUUUUCUCUACUUUUCAUCUGUUUCUUGCUAUUUGCUCUCCCAGUCCCUUUGGAUUGCUUUGCUCUGCCUUCCCCCUAAGAUCAGGUAUAGGAUCAUUUCACUGCUGUUUAUCCUGUGCUUGCAGAGGCUGAACUAGAUAAUCUAAAGUGAGAUUUUCACAUUAAACCCUCUAUAUAUAGCCAAGGAAAACUAGUUUGUAUUAGUUUGUCUGGAAGUCUCUUUGUGUCCUUCCCUGAAUAGGAGAAGCUUUUUAAUCUACUGAUUCUUCAAUAUUGUGUCUGGAGCAAAAUGAAGGCUGGUGACUGUGUGAAUGUGAUCUUUCCCAGAGUCCUUUCCUCAAACAAUGAGGUUUCUGUAAGGUUCUCCCAAGUUACUCCCACAAGAAGGGGAUCCCCAGCAAGAUGUACCCCAAGUAUCUGCUUGGGAUGUCAAGGCAGUCAGAUGAAAUUCAAAGUCUGAGUGAUGGUGUCAAACAAACCCCCUGAGUGCUGCAGGUGAACACACUUAGGGCUCCUGCAGACCCCAACUGCUCUGCUUGACAUCCCACUGACACAAACCCUCCCUCACUCACCUGCUUGGCAAAUUCCAGGACACCCCAGAGUAUCCAGGUGUUUCUCUCACUGGAUUUGCUCUCCUGUUCACUGCAGGAGUGUCAGCUGCCAUGCAGGCCUGGAACUGGCCAGGCUGGUUCCUGAUUUUACCCCUCACUCAUCCUUCGUGUCCUGCCUCACUCUUCAGAUUCCAUCUGGCCUAUCCCAGCUCUGGGGAUGUGGGCUGGGCUCCAGGAUCCCUAAAUCCCACCAGCACCGAGGGAACACACCAGGAACGGUUUGCAAGCAAAUAGCUACAGAGCAAGAUAAGCAUUAUCAGGUUUCCCUGAACACAGGAAUUGCUCAGGAUCAGUAUCACACUCACAGAUCAGCCGAGAGGUUUUUUCUUAUCAUACAGUGAAUUAAAAACACAAAAGGCAGCAAUAAUUCUUUUUUUCCUCCCUGAAAAUGGAGGAAAAUGGCCAAACACUGGGAUCCAUUUUCCUGGGUUUUUACUACACCACAAAAGAACAGAAAGAAUUUUGCCGAAGUCACAGCACCAGCACCAUGUUACACAUUUAAAAUUCAGGAGCAGUUUGGGACUUGGCCCUCUCAGGAGUCAGGCAGUACAGGGAACUAUGGAGGUGUUGAGCCCAAGCACUGGUGGUUUGUUUGACAUUGCUAUUUGCAUUUUUGUGAACGUAGAAUGGAAAGCCUGCUGGCCUGGGUCAGUUGGGACCACAAGGGUGACAGGGAGACCAAUGUGGGAUGCACUGAGCACUGUCCUGUUCUCCUGGUAGCACUAAAUUCAUUUUUCCUUAGACCUUGAGUUGUCAAAGCAGCCACUAAAAACUGGGAAAAAACAGAAACUUGGGACCUACAGAAAUAAACUAAGGGAAACUGGGAAAAGCCAGGAACUUGGGACUUACAGAAAUAAACCAAGUGCCAUGUUCAAACCACCAAGGAAUGUUUGUCUGCCAUGUUCCUGUCUGCCUGAAGAAUGUAUGCACUGAAAACAACGCUUUCUUAUGUAGUCAAAAAUUGUACUGUAUCUAUUAACCAAAAAAAUAAAAAGAUUCUAUAUUUAUACA